AUGGAUGCCUCAGAGCUUGACGAAGCGGUGGCUGACUACAUGGUGCAGCUAGCGAGAGAAGGCGGGACGGAGGAAGAAGUGUGGAGCGUGAUGGAGGGAUGCUAUCCGGAGCUGGAGGAGUCGCCCGAGAGCAAGGAAGCGUUUUCCGCCGUGUUCCACCAGCUGAGGAACCCCAGCCAGCAGCCUGCCACGACGACGGCACCAUCUUCCACAACCCCUGCGGAAUCGUCCUCCACGACGGACCGGCAGCAGCAGCCUCUGCAACUGCAACCACACCAUCAAGGCAACGACGGCCGGUCACCGGCUGAGGGGCGGAGUUCCGCUGGUGCCGAGGGCCGCCAUUGUGACUCCGGCGGUACGGGGACGGCACGAGAUGAAGCCGACGUGGGCUUCCUCAGAGAGAUGCCGCCCCCUUCAAACCCGACCACGGGUGCCCCCCCCCCCGCCCCCCCCCGUCUUAGAAUGCCGCAGGUGUCCGAUCGUGGGCUAAGGUAUGUUCUUCACCGCGUGGCGAAAGGGAGCAGAGUGGCCGCCGCUUCCUACCUUGCGGACCGCUUCGCAGUCGGUUCUUCGUCUGCAUCUCUCAAAGGCUUGGAGGCAGAUGCAGAGGCGUUCGAGCGGAAGGAGCAGGGGGACGCGCGCAAGGCCCGGGAGGCCAGCGAUCGAGCCGAGGAGGCCAGACGGAGGGACAAGGAGGAGCGUGACGCUCUCAAGGGCAAGAUAGUGGGUCGGUACGCCGACGAGGUCAAGGCAGAAGGUGGCGCGACGAAAGCCGCGACGAAGAAGGUCGACCUUCCUGGCUUGACGGAGAAGAAGAAGACCACCCGGUACCGAGACGGGAAGGUCGUGACCACCACGGGUGCUAAGGUGAUCGUGGAAACCGUCAAGCCGGAAUGGGACGGCGGCUCGAGAGGGAAGGUCAAGACGAAGGGAAAGCGCGGCAAGGGCUUCGUAUGA